AUGUCUGCAGAGGAGUUCAAGGCCCAGGGAAACCAAGCGGCCAAAGAGGGGAGGCUGGCAGACGCCAUCGACUGCUACACCAAGGCCAUCAAUAUCGACGGGUCUAACCACGUCUACUACAGUAACCGUGCGAACAUCUACCACCAGCUGGAGGACUACGACGCUGCUGUCGCGGAUGCAGAGAAGUGUAUCGAGUUAAAGCCAAGCUUUGGAAAGGGCUUUCUGCGCAAAGCGGACGCCCUUGCCGCCAUGGGAAAGCGCGAGGAAGCCGUAGAGGUACUGCGCGAUGGAAUUGAAAGUUGUGGCAAUACAGAGCCUUUGCUUAGCCAGCGCCUUUCCUCCUUGGAGGCCAGUGCUGGUGGAUUUGGCGGGGCCCCGGGCGCUGGAGAUCCAGGAGCGUUUAUGCGUAACAUGUUCAAUGCAGAGGGGAUGGCCAAGAUAAGGGCAAACCCGAAGACGGCGAAGUACCUUGCCGAUGACCCCUCUCUGGAGCAGAAGCUCACUCUUGUAGCGUCAAACCCCCAGAUGAUGAUGCAAGUCGCCGGAGCCGACCCGCGCCUCAUGGAGUGCAUGCUUGUGGCCAUGGGAAUCGACCCAGACAUGAUGAAGGACAUGCCCCAGGCUCCGGGCGCGCCUUCCUUUGAUGCCAAACCCGCUAACCCUGAACCACCUGCGCCAAAGGAGCCAGAGAAGGUUCUCACCCCUGAGGAAAUAGAGGCCAAUAAAUUGAAAGACGAGGGGAACGAUCUAUUUAAAGAAAAGAAGUAUGCUGAGGCCAUCGAGAAGUAUGAGGCUGCCUUUGCUAAGCACAAGAGCAUACUCUUCCUAAAUAACAUCAGCACGGCCCUACUGAAGAUGGAGAAGAUAACUGAGGCGGAGGAGAAGGCAAUGGAGGCGUACAAUUAUGGACGCGACAACCCUGGGACAGCGACGUUUGAAGAGCUUGGAAAAGCCCUUACGAAGGCGGCCUCGGCGCAGUACGCCCGCAAGGACUACGAGAAGGCAAUAAAGACGCUGAAGUCUGCUAUGCUUGAACACAGGUCGAAGCAGACGCUGGCCUUGCUGACGAAGGUUGAGGACGAGUGGGAGCUCAUCAAGAAGCAGAACGCGUAUAGUCCUGAAAAGGCAGAGAGAGCUAAGAACGAGGGUAACGAGCUUUUCAAGGCCGGAAAGUACCAGGAGGCCGUGGACAAGUACACCGAGGGACUCAAAGCUCUUCCGCUGGAUCCAGAGCGCGAGUACAGAGACGACAAUGAGAAGUUUACAGCCAACAAAACACUCUUGACCUCCCUUCUCAAUAACAGAGCUAACGCAUACUUCAAAUUGGGCCAAAUGAACCUUUCAUAUGAUGACGCCGAUCACAUUGUUUCGCUCAUCAAAGAUACGACCAACACAAAGGCUCUUUUGCGCAAGGGCCAAAUCGAGAGGCUCCGUCGCCAGUACUACAAGGCAGUGGAGACAUACAAGAAGGUGCUUGAGCAUGAAAAGUACAACAAUCAGGAAGCCCUAGAGGGAUAUCGCAAGACGACCGAGAAGAUCCAGGAGCUCCAGCGCAACCCAGACAGCAAGGAGGCCAAGGAGGUGACCGAGAUUGCAAUGGCCGACGAGGAAAUACAGAAGAUUGCAUCAGAUCCAGGCCUCGCCGAAGUCAUCAAGCAGAUUUCAACAAAUCCUCAGGCGGCGCAGCAGUAUCUCAGCGAUCCCAACAUCUCUUCUCGUAUAGAGAAGCUUAUCAACGCAGGGAUCAUACGCACCGGUCAGUGA